UCGUCCCACCCCCACCCGCAAGGACGCCCUCAACUUGGGUUGAUUUAGGGUCCAGAAAAGCACUGUGCUUGGGCAGUCAGGAGGAGGUUCCCUCGGACCAAGCCAUCCAAUGGGAAAGGAGAACAGGAACGCAGACACCAAUGGGCAUGCGCUCCGCAGUCCGGAGGCGGGGAAUGUCAUGGUGCCCGCCUGAGGGUGGGUCAGCGAGAGGACGGGCUAGAGAGGUGCUAGAAGAAGGGGCGGAGCAAGGGGAAGGUGGCUAUAGAGAAAAGGGGCUAGAGUGGAGCGUCAAAGAGGGGCGGGUCUAGGAGAGACGUGCGGGUAGAGAGGCCAGAAAGGCUGGCCAUUGGAGGGACAGGCCGAGGAAGGGCGGACUCAUGGGGCGGGCUUAGAGCCGGGACGAAUCAUAGAAAGAGGAGGCCAGAGGGGCUAUGGGAGGCGGAGCCAGGGGAAGCUGGGGAGAGGGCCAGUACGCCUGCGCAGCUGCAGGGCGCGCGCUCGACUUUAAAUAGGCCCCGGGGAGGCCGCGCGCCUGCGCACUAGUGCUGCCCUAAAAGCGCGGCCACCUCCUUCCCAGGCGCCGGCCUGGUCCAGAGGCCCCGGACUUUAAGGUCUCAUCCUGCCCGGCCCUUGGCCCCGCUAUGCCUGAGAUCCGCCUCCGCCACGUAGUGUCGUGCAGCAGCCAGGAUCCGACCCACUGCGCAGAAAACCUCCUGAAGGCCGACACCUACCGGAAAUGGCGCUCCGCCAAGGCUGGGGAGAAGCAGAUCUCCGUCAUCCUGCAGUUGGAGAAGGAGGAGCAGAUCCACAGCAUAGACAUCGGCAAUGAGGGCUCUGCCUUCGUGGAGGUGCUGGCGGGCAGCUCUGCGGGGGGUGCCGGGGAGCAUGACUACGAGGUCCUCCUGGUGACCUCGUCCUUCAUGUCCCCGUCCGAGAGCCGGAGCGGGACUAACUCCAACAGGGUCCGCCUGUUUGCCGCCGACAAGCUGGUCCGGGCCACGGCUGAAAAGCGCUGGGACCGCAUCAAGAUCGUGUGCAGCCAGCCCUACAGCAAGGACUCCGCCUAUGGCCUGAGCUUUAUAAGGCUGCACAGCCCCCCGGAGAAGGAGGAGCCCGAGCCCAGCCCCUGCCCCAAGGUGACCAAGUUGGGAGCGUUCCGAGUGAAGGAGGACGACGGCACCGGCAGCUCCCUGAGACCCGGCUCCCUCUUCUUCAGCCGGGCCAGCAAGGCUUCCCCAGCCCCCCCCCGGGAGCAGCCGGGCCCCAGCUAUGCAGCCGCCACCCUGCAGGCCUCCGAGGGCGUGACCCCCCAGACUCCUCCCUCAUCAUCCCCCCAGCCCCCCUCCGCAAGCAAAGCUCCCAGCAAGCCCCAAGAGUCUCCCAAGGGAAAGAGGAAAUUGGACUUAAGCCAGGAUGAACCAGGAAACAGAGCCCAGGCCCGUCCGGCCCACCCCAAGCCACCAGCCCCCAAGAAGCCCAAAGGGCCUACUGCGGGCCCUGCCCUGGCCCAGCGGCCUCCCCAAGCUGAAAAGAAAGGGCCGAAGGCCGGGGCCGGGCCCGUGGAGCUGGGGAGGAUCCUGGAGGGCGUCGUGGUGGUCCUGAGCGGCUUCCAGAACCCCUUCCGCUCGGAGCUUCGGGACAAGGCCCUGGAGCUUGGCGCCAAGUACCGGCCAGACUGGACCUCGGACAGCACCCACCUCAUCUGUGCCUUUGCCAACACACCCAAGUACAGCGCGGUCUUGAGCCGGGGCGGGCGCAUCGUGCGCAAGGAGUGGGUGCUGGACUGCCACCGCAUGCGGCGGAAGCUGCCCUGUCGGCGCUACCUCAUGGCAGGCCCGGACUCCAGCAGUGACGAGGAGACGCCGUCCACUCCCGCCACCAAGCACCCCAAGGCUAACCACCAGGCUCCCCCAGCGGGGCCCAAGUCAGGCUCCAGGACGCCGUCCCCCGAGGAGGCCGGUCCGGCCCACAGAGGGCCCCAGGGUGCCCCAGACCCAGAGGAGGAGUCAGCAGGUGCUCAGGACCACAGAACCGAAGACUCAGGGGACACGGAGGACGAGCUGAGGAGGGUGGUCAAGCCUAGGGACCAGAAGCAGCCCCCAGACCCAGGAGAGAACGGAGAGGACCCCUAUGCCGGCUCCACGGACGAGAACACUGAGGAUGAAAGCCCCGAGCCCCUGGACCAGCCCAUCCCCGAGCUGCCAGAUUUUUUCCAGGGCAAACACUUCUUUUUCUAUGGAGAGUUUCCUGGUGAGGAGCGACGGCAGCUUGUCCGCUAUGUUACUGCGUUCAACGGGGAGAUAGAAGAUUACAUGAAUGAUCAGGUCCAGUUUGUGAUCACGGCCCAAGAGUGGGACCCCAGCUUUGAGGAGGCCCUUCUGGACAACCCGUCAUUGGCCUUUGUGCGUCCCCGGUGGAUUUACAGCUGCAACGAGCAGCAGAGAUUGCUGCCCUAUCAGCUCUACGGGGUGGUCCCCCAGGCCUGACGGCACCGCAGAUGACCUCUCCCCUUUCACCCCAAGUUCUAAUAAAAGUCACUAUUGGA